UCUCCCUCUGUUCUGCCAAGGGCUUUCACUGGCUUGCAUGGACCAUCAGCAGCGACCAAUCUGAGCAAAGAAAAACCAAAGGGGGGAACCUGCAGUAGCUCUGCUAUGAAAAUCAGGCAGCAAACAAACUAAGCAAGAGAAAGCGGGGAGGAGACUAUCAAAGGCGGGUGUGUGGUUAAAAAAAGAACUUGCAGGGGCACCUGUGAACCCCUUAAAGUAACUGCGUGGAUUUGUGUCCUAGGGAAGAGAAAGCCUCCCCAGGAGGAAGAGCUGGAAAUUGCUGUGAGCAGGAGGAGGCAACUCAAUCUCCCACCCCCUCCAAGAACCUGGUGUGUCCGUGUGAGGGAGAAAGGAGUUUGGGGGAAUGAAGCUGGAAGAUCCCGAGACUCCGAGAAGAAAAGUUGCUGCGAAGGGGGACUCUGCAGUCUAGAAACUGAGCUCUGCUCCGCGAUGGGCUUUCUGGUUUCUAAAGAAAACCUGCUCCUCUUCCUCUGCGCCAACGUCCUCCCUGUGUGCAGCCAUGUGGAAACCCGAGCCCACGCAGAGGAGAGACUCCUGAAGAAACUCUUCUCUGGCUAUAACAAGUGGUCCCGACCUGUAGCCAACAUUUCAGACGUGGUCCUGGUCCAUUUCGGAUUGUCCAUUGCGCAGCUCAUUGACGUGGAUGAGAAGAAUCAAAUGAUGACCACGAACAUGUGGGUGAAGCAGGAGUGGUAUGACUACAAGUUGCGCUGGGAUCCUCUGGAAUAUGAGAACGUUACAUCCAUCCGCAUCCCUUCAGAACUCAUUUGGAGGCCGGAUAUCGUUCUCUACAAUAAUGCAGAUGGGGACUUUGCAGUCACCCACCUGACCAAAGCCCACCUUUUUUAUGAUGGAAGAAUCAAGUGGAUGCCCCCUGCUAUCUACAAAAGCUCCUGUAGCAUCGAUGUCACCUUCUUCCCCUUUGACCAGCAAAACUGCACCAUGAAGUUUGGCUCCUGGACCUAUGACAAAGCCAAGAUAGACUUAGUGAGCAUGCACAGCCAUGUGGACCAAUUGGACUACUGGGAGAGUGGAGAAUGGGUCAUCAUCGAUGCUGUGGGCAAUUACAAUAUCAAGAAAUACGAGUGCUGUGCAGAGAUCUACCCUGAUAUCACCUACUUCUUUAUUAUCAGGAGGCUGCCUUUGUUCUACACAAUUAAUCUGAUCAUCCCCUGCCUCCUUAUCUCCUUCCUGACUGUCUUAGUCUUCUACCUGCCUUCGGAGUGUGGUGAGAAGAUCACCCUUUGUAUCUCAGUGCUGCUGUCACUGACCGUGUUCCUGCUGCUCAUUACGGAGAUCAUCCCUUCCACCUCCUUGGUCAUCCCCUUGAUUGGAGAGUAUCUGCUUUUCACCAUGAUAUUUGUCACCUUGUCCAUCAUCAUCACUGUCUUUGUGCUCAACGUGCACCACCGCUCCCCCCGCACCCACACCAUGCCCGACUGGGUGAAGCGAAUCUUUCUCGAUGUUGUCCCACGCCUCCUCUUCAUGCAACGGCCCUCGGUGGUGAAGGACUCUUGCAAGAAGCUGAUUGAGUCCAUGCACAAAAUAGCCUCCUCUCCGCAGCUUUGGUCCGAGACCGAAGUGGAGCCUAAGUUUACAACCUCCUCUUCAGACAGCCCUCAGAGCAAAGAACCGUCACCCGCCUCUUCCUUCUGUGCCCAUCUUGAGGAGCAAGUCAAACCCCAGACUGUCGGCAAGUCACCUUCUCUCCAAUACUCUGUGCUACACCAAGAGCCAGCACAGGCUAGCUGCUCCUCCCUGCAGCCCCCCUGCCAUCCGCUGAGUGACACCCAGUCCACGUCCAUCUCCAAGAGCAGAUCAUUAAGCGUCCAGCAGAUGUACAGCCCAAAUAAAGUAGAGGAUGGGAGCAUCCGCUGCAGAUCCAGGAGCAUCCAGUACUGCUAUCUGCAAGAGGAGUCCUCUCAGACCAACGGCCAGACCAAUGUCUCUCCAGCAUCUCAGCGGUACCAUCUGAAUGAAAAGCAGCCCCAAAGCAAACCCUCCCAGUGUAAAUGCAAGUGUAAAAAGAAUGUGGCAACCAGCUCUUCGGAGCAAGGAACCAAAACUCUCAGCACCAAAGAGCAACACGUUUUGCUGAUGUCCCCUGCCUUGAAGCUGGCAGUGGAGGGGGUCCAUUACAUCGCAGACCACUUGAGAGCCGAGGAUGCGGAUUUCUCAACAGUGUGUGAUGAAAACCACUAGUGCGUGCCUUCUCCUCUGAUGCCAUGUGACACUUUCCCCUUGUGAAAUGGUCCGAUAUCUUCAGGGGAGAGCUGCCCUCAUCAUGACUGUCAAUGUACAAGAGAAAAGAACAGCUUUGUCUUCUGUAAAUGAACAUUCCACCACAUCAGUCUAAUGGGUUAGCGGUUAAAAAAUAUCCAGCAUGAGAACUCAAACAAAUCGGAAAACUAUGACCCUAGGGACCACUGAUCCUUUAGCUUUCCCUGGGAAUAGAUGCCAAAUCUACUAUGUUAAGUUGCUUUAUUUUUUUCCUCUAUUCCCUGCUACAUAAAUAAGCGUGUUUCACUAGAGUUUAGCACCAUAGUGACUCUUGCAAUUCCCUCAGAAAAUAGAAGAGAAGGGACUAGUGGAGAAGACCUGUACCCCUGUGUUUUUGUAAGGUUGAGUAGCUGAGCCAUCGCCACUGACUUUCUGCACUUCCCCAAUAGAUUUUGUGGUUUGCUCUUGUUCUGAAUCCAGACAGGAAAUAGCAGAAAGAGAUAUUACAAAUGUGAACUGAAGAUUCAUUCUUGGGAGUACAGCUGAUGGAAACAUGAGGAUUCUAUAGGACCGUCCAAUAUUUCAGUGUUUACUUUCAUCCUGACUUGGGAUGAAAAAAUCAAAAGCACUGAAAUUUGUCAUGAAAUUAACUUUCCAAAACAUUGCACCAGCUGCCCCAAGCCUAUCUACUUCAGAGACACUGCACCUAUGCUUGAGUAUUUUUAGAGACCUGCACAGCAUUGCAAUGGAGAAAGAGUUUCUCUUUAAACUCUCGACUGUUAUUUGUUUAGUAUCAUUGCCACAAGGGACAUAUUUCUAAAUUAAAAGUAAAUCGUUCAUUUAAUUAAGUGUUCGAAUCAAAAGAAAAAUGGGAAAGCAGGAAGCAGCAGUCUGUUACAAAACGUGUCUGCAUGCAAAUCCAGGCACAGAGUCACACUUAGGGAAAUGACUGAAAAUUGAAUACCUCCAGUAUAUAAUAGAAAUGCCAUCAGAUUUCUUACAAACUGUGAUGAGGAAGAGAAGCUGUAUGUCAAACCUGAGCUAGAAUAACCAGAUUGCCUUUUCAUUACCACCUAUGCAUUAACAGCAUGGUCUGGAAACACAGACACUCAUGUUAUCACAGUGAUACCCAUUUCUGCUUGAGAAAUACACUAUUUCCUCUGAACAAAUGAAGGUUUUACCAGUAAUUAGUAUCCCAAAAUGGUGCGCUGCUGGUAGCCUGCAUUACUUGCUCUUUGCCUACUAUUUAGGAUACUUGUUUCAGGAACAAACAUUUGAAGUGUCUUGGAAGGUAGCAUUAUAUUGUGACAGGAAAACCAUCCUCUGCAUUAUAGUAAAAUAAAAACGGUUAGGCGAAGAGCCUUCAUGUUCAAACCACCAGAUCUUUCCAUUGGCUGAAGAUUCUAAUACUGUUCCUAUUCUUUGGAAAUGAUAGGUUGGUUUGUGCAACAUGGAAUAGUUAAUGGUCCAGUCCAUUUAAAUAUUCAGAACCUUCCCCCCCAACCCCAAUAAAUGUAUACGAUUGCUUUAAAGAACAUAAAGGCUAGGGAGGUGAAUUUUCAGUUGGAAAUGAGUGAAUAAUUUGUAACCAAAAGUGUAUUCAACACAUUUCGCACCUUCUUCUGUCCAUAAAGGCCAUGAUCCACCAAGGUAAUUAAACUCAUCAUGAAUAACUCUACCCACGAGUAUUCCCACUGAAGUCAAUGGGAACACUCAGAUGCUUAUAAUCAGGUACCUAGCUGAGUCAGGGCUACAUUGUCUGCAGAAACCCUUCUUUUUCUCAAAAUGUAUUCAGAAUGUAGAAUCACUUGUCCAUUAAAGUCUCCAGUAGUUCUUGCCCUACAGGUUCCUCACAGCUCUUAAUUGUAAGGAUUCAAUACACUAAAUUUGAGCUGUUCUGAGUGACUUGUACGUCCCAUGGUAUUGUUUGUGUUC